GGUAGACUCUGCCGAGCGGGAGAAAAGAGCGACCCGCUUUUCAACCGGGCCCCUCUGCUCCUCUCCUCUGCUCCUCGUUCUCCUCUGCUCCUCUUCCUCUCUCCUCCUCGGCGCAUCUUGACCAAGAUGGCAUUUGCAUUGACCUAGCUCAAUUUUUCGCCCUUUCUCGAUAGCAAGGUCGCUGAAAACGUUCCGGCUCGCGCGAUAGAUUAAUCAAGCAACUGCCCUUCGCUCGAGAUAGGGGAAGGCGGCGACGUCGGCAAACAUCCCCUGCAAUGACGGGACUUCCGACAGGUGCGGCAGGAUACACCAACAUUCUGACACCUGUCCGGAGCGCGAUUAUCACGACAGACGAUGAUCGUAUUGAGCGCCCGGUCGCGCCGAUGGGGACGAGCCGUAGGGGAAGCACUCGGACUCUGACAGCACUACCACUGGAGAUUCUCCAGAACAUCAUUCAGCUUCUCAUACCCACCAAUCAAGUCCUUACAGUUCGCUACCCAUACCCUAAGCCCUGGAAAGGUCCACGCACCUACGGUGCAAAAAGCCUGAUGUUGAGCUGCCGAACCAACUAUCACGCAACGAUCCCCAUAUUAUACGGCUGGAAUACGUUCUGCUUUGAUCAGGACCCAUACAACAGCCUUCCUCUUUUUCUCCAGAAUCUUCAAGAAUCCACAUUUCUCUCUCUUCGUCGGGUGCAAAUCCGCUGCUCGGACACCGACAAUCUAAUACACGGGCUUGAUCUCCUGGUUGGGUGUGUUUCGCUUGAGAGCUUGGAGAUUGUUACUUUCAGGUGGCCAAUCGCCAAAUAUCAUAAAUCUGUGCUUGAAUGUUUUCGCCUUAAGAGCUUCAGAGUCGGCCAUAUUGAGCAUAAACGUGGCGAGUGGUUGCAGGGCUUGCCCGACCUAAUCAUGAGCGAUAUGAAUCGGACAACCAACCAGCGGCAGCGAGUUGAGAUGUCAAGGCAAGCAAAGCUCGAGAAAUGGGGACUUCAUUUUUAUAAGUUACGGAACGGGGAAAAACCAAUGCUGGCACCGCCGCGGAAACGUCGUCGACGGUACUGAGACGCCUGCACAGCUGAUUCCUACCGAUAGAAGGCAGCACCUGAUCGACGUCUCUUAACUCGCCCAAGAGUAAGGCGUAGCCGUCGUGACCCCGAGUCGCAUACGAAGGACGGCCAAUCCGUUCCGGUAUCCCGCGGUAAACUCGACUGCGCGACUCUGAAGGGGAGAGGAGACAUAGGAAUUCUGCGAGAAUGUGGCAGAGACGUAGCUGGCUUGUGUAUAUAUCUACGCUGUUUUGUGUGACGUCUUUUCGGUAGUACUACCAUUGUGUUGUAUUUUGUAUCAGAUAGGUAUCUCGUGCUUUCGGGACUGUGUUCACUAGUACUCCGGAGCUUAAGACCACAUUCGGCCUGGUAUGUCUGUGUUUUCUGCCCAAUGCACCCGCACUAGUUAUUCUCUC